AUGAUAGCACACUUUUUACUGAUCCGUAGUGAUGUCGCCGCAGCUACGCGCUGGCAGCCAACCAACGGCGACCCCUUUAGCCACCAAAAUGCGAUCCAGAGAUCGGUGUGGGACAAGCUGAAAGAUACGGGAGACGUCACCGCAAGAGGACCUAGGGGGCAUGUUGAGACGCUACGCAACGCUGCUAGGUGGUCCAGCGAUACCUGUGGAAAGGCCAAUUAUGAAGUGCGUUUCGGCCACUAUGCUGCUGCAUAUUUCGCUGCUGAUGUCUUUGGAGACAUAGGACAUUACCCAGGAAUUUUAAGAAUCGUGCCUGUUAUAUGUGGAACACCGGAGGAAGUCGGAACGCCUCCUGAAGACGCGAUGCAAGCUUCAGCGUGGGGUGCCUUGGGAUAUUUCAUUGACUGUCUUCAGAAAGGCCUUGACAAGGUUGCAAAAAUGCUCUAG